AGGCGAAUGACGGAGGACUGAGGGGAAGUGCCGUAUAAACUCAUAGCAGACUGCGGAGAGCCCGAGUUAAACAGGUGAUUUAGCUGUAAUCGACAUGGCCGAGAACAGGGAGAAAGCGACCGACCAGAUGAAGCUUUGGAAGGAGAACCGGGGGUCUCAGCGACCAGAGACCUUAACAACGGGGGCCGGCAUUCCUGUGGGAGACAAGUUAAACGAACAGACUGCGGGGCCCCGGGGUCCCCUUCUGGUACAGGAUGUGGUAUUCACUGAUGAGAUGGCACACUUUGACCGCGAGCGCAUCCCAGAGAGGGUGGUGCAUGCAAAGGGUGCUGGGGCGUUCGGAUACUUCGAGGUGACCCACGAUAUCUCCCGCUACUGCAAGGCCAAGGUGUUUGAGUACGUGGGCAAAACGACGCCCCUCGCCGUUCGCUUCUCCACCGUGGCUGGGGAGUCAGGAUCUGCAGACACGGUGCGAGACCCACGCGGCUUCGCUGUGAAGCUUUACACCGAGGAGGGUAACUGGGACCUCACCGGAAACAACACCCCGAUUUUUUUCAUCCGAGAUGCGCUGCUGUUCCCGUCCUUCAUCCAUUCUCAGAAGCGCAACCCUCAGACCCACCUGAAGGACCCUGACAUGGUGUGGGACUUCUGGAGUCUUCGGCCUGAGUCUCUUCACCAGGUGUCCUUCCUGUUCAGCGAUCGCGGCAUUCCCGAUGGCUUUCGCCACAUGAACGGUUAUGGCUCCCACACCUUCAAGCUGAUCAAUUCUGAGGGCCAGGCAGUCUACUGCAAGUUCCAUUACAAGACUAACCAGGGGAUUAAGAACUUGCGAGCGGAAGAUGCAGACCUUCUGGCAUCCACUGACCCCGACUAUGCCAUCAGAGACCUAUAUAAUGCCAUCGCCAAUGGCAACUGCCCUUCCUGGACCUUCUACAUCCAAGUCAUGACUUUUGAGCAAGCCGAGAAGUUCCGGUGGAAUCCUUUUGACUUGACCAAGAUUUGGCCCCACAAGGAGUACCCCCUGAUACCCGUAGGCAAGAUCGUGCUGAACCGCAACCCUGUGAACUACUUUGCCGAAGUAGAACAGCUGGCUUUUGACCCCAGCAACAUGCCCCCAGGCAUCGAGCCGAGCCCUGACAAGAUGCUGCAGGGUCGCCUGUUUUCUUACCCAGACACCCAUCGCCACCGGCUGGGUGCAAACUACUUGCAGCUGCCAGUCAACUGCCCCUUCCGUGCCCGGGUGGCCAAUUACCAGAGGGAUGGGCCCAUGUGCAUGUUUGACAACCAGGGGGGUGCCCCUAACUAUUACCCCAACAGCUUCAGUGCCCCGGAUGCUCAACCACGCUUCCUUGAGUCUAAGUUCAAGGUGUCCCCAGAUGUAGGACGCUACAACAGUGCCGAUGAGGACAACGUGACUCAGGUCCGUAACUUCUACACCCAAGUGCUAAAUGAGGAAGAGCGCCAGCGCCUCUGCCAGAACAUGGCAGGACAUUUGAAGGGAGCUCAGCUUUUCAUCCAGAAGCGGAUGGUGCAGAACCUGAUGGCCGUCCACCCAGAUUACGGGAAUCAAGUCCAGGCUCUCCUGGACAAACACAACGCUGAGGCCAAAAAGAAUGCCAUCCAUGUGUACACCCAAGGCGGAGCUUCGACAGUGGCUGCUGCCUCUAAGAUGUGACCCUGCCCAGCCCCUUUCAGGGACUAUGAUGCUUCUGGCUGGCCUUCAGAUCCUACCGUGCGAAGCCAGCCCUCUAACCUUUCAAGUAGACUAAUUUGGGAGAUGGAAUUCGCAUGGAAUUUUCUUCACUAAUGUUUAAAUGAGACCGAUGCCAAGUUCAGAACCUUUUCUAAUGCAUAUCAAUCGUCUUUGCUAACAGUUGGUAUGAUGUUUUUCUGUCAUCUGGUCAGAUGGUUUGUAGACAAAAUAAGGACUUGUGAGUGACUAAUGGAAGCCUUAUAGGACAUAGCAGGGCUUAGGGAACCCCCCCCCCCAUUCACCAUGCUCCAUGAAUGAGACCCCCACGAUUCGCUGCUUUUGUAAUACGAGUCAGAUGUUCCACCCCUUAUCCACCAAUGCCUUGCUUGGUCAAACUUGGGUUAGACAUAAACUGUAAUGGAUACAUGAACUGGCAACUACAUGGAGGGAUUAAGUGCCUGCACCCCCCUCUAACUUGGAUAUGGCUGCCUCCUCUAUUGCCCAUAUCUGGAUUGUUGUGGGUGUUGUUCUGUGGUGUGUCACAUUCCUGUCCUUGCAAUCUACUGGUUUCUGCUUUGAUCACACUAGAUUCAGACCAGUUAGACGCCAGUGUUAUUGCCUGUUCAUAAGUAGUAUCCAUCCAAACAUAGGCACAUGUUGUUUUAAUCUGCAGCGGAAGGCACGCCAGAUGAGCAUUAAUUGUAUCCAUGUGCUCCCUGACUGGGAAGUAGUCAGACUGAGCAGAUUUUUAUGUACGGAGGGCAGCCCCUCUGAAAUGAUCUUAACUUUCACAAACACUGGUCUCAUUUCUGUGCAUUUGGGUAAAUUCAACUUGAUUUUUGUAUGUGACACAAAUAAAAUCGGUUGGAUUAAUGCUA